ACUGCUGCUGAUUUCCUGCGUUUUCAAAAUCUCAUCGCUGGCACUGUGAGCUAGUGCCAAGUUUUCCACACUGAUUUCAUAUGUUUAUCUCGUCUCUACAGCUCGACUAUGGGCCGAAAUAAAACCUCUAAUCUCGCCGUGGAUGUCGCGUAACGUUUUCAGCGCUUCAGGUCGCGUUAUUAUGAAGCCGUUGAAGAAUGAUGAAUAAUUAUCUUUUCAUCAGGGUUGUUGGGAAAGGGAGCUACGGGGAGGUGAACUUGGUGAAACACAAAACAGACCGAAAACAGUAUGUUAUUAAGAAGCUGAAUUUAAUCACCUCCUCCAAGCGGGAACGACGUGCAGCAGAGCAGGAGGCGCAGCUUCUGUCCCAGCUGCGGCAUCCCAACAUUGUGACAUACAGAGAGUCCUGGGAGGGAGAUGACUGCCAGCUGUACAUUGUGAUGGGUUUCUGUGAAGGCGGUGACCUUUAUCAUCGACUCAAACAGCAAAAAGGCGAGCUCCUACCUGAGAGGCAGGUGGUGGAGUGGUUUGUCCAGAUCGCCAUGGCACUCCAGUACCUGCAUGAGAGAAACAUUCUUCACCGGGACCUUAAAACACAGAACAUCUUCCUGACCAAGACCAACAUAAUCAAAGUUGGGGAUCUUGGCAUUGCGAGAGUAUUGGAGAACCAGAAUGAUAUGGCGAGCACACUCAUAGGGACUCCUUACUAUAUGAGCCCAGAGCUUUUCUCUAAUAAACCCUAUAACCACAAGUCAGACGUAUGGGCCCUGGGUUGCUGUGUGUAUGAAAUGUCCACACUGAAACAUGCCUUCAACGCCAAGGACAUGAACUCACUGGUUUAUCGCAUUGUAGAAGGAAAGCUGCCACAGAUGCCCAGCAGGUACGAUCCCCAGCUGGGAGAACUGAUCAAGAGCAUGCUGUGUAAGAGACCUGAAGACAGGCCCGAUGUCAAGCUCAUCCUCCGGCAGCCCUAUAUCAAACGACAAAUUGCUAUGUUCCUCGAGGCCACUAAAGAAAAAACUGCCAAGUCAAGAAAGAAAGCAGUGGGUGGCAGUGGUGAUUGUAGGGCCAACAGUGCAUCACCUGUUGUGUCACAUCUGCCAAAACCUGAGAAAAGUCCCCAGCCUGAACCUCUAGCCAGAGUGAAACGGAAAGAAGAGAAAUCACAGCAACACAGAGCUCGGAACGGCAUCCCAGACUGCACUCCGAUCCAAACACCUCCACAAUCUUCCUCACCUGAUGCUCUCAAAGCCAGCAUGGCAUCCCUGGCAACCAUCAGCAACAUUAAUAUUGAUGUCCAACUGCAGGAGGAUGAAGACCUGAUGAAGAGACAGGCACAGGGGCCCCAGUCUGUUGUGUCACACCAGCGGGGAGUCAAUGAACCUGUGAGUCACAGUGUUUACAGAGACAGCAAGGGGAGAGUGAAACCAGAUCCCUCUCCCCCUCCUUCCCCCGUUAAGCCCCCUCAGAAGUCUGUAUCAGGUGUUGGCAGCCGGGGAGCAGACGAGAGGAGGGCAUCCAAUGGAUUGUUAGACAUUCAUCCACAGGCCACACCACUCCCUGGGGGUACAGUGUCUGUCUGUGGGGAGAAGCAGAUGUCAGACGAUAAGGAGGAUACCAUGGAGUUACUUAAAGAGGCUGACAUGCAGAACCCAAAGGUAGAAGCAGAGAGAGAUGCUGCUCUCACUGUUCCUGAGAGAAGAUCUGCACACAAAUCCAAUGAAGAGAAUAUCGGAGUGGUUGGAGAAGUGAAUAUGGACAGUAAAAAUGAUACUGUGACCCUUCUUAAGGGAGCUCCGACACAACACCAUACAUUAGACAUCCAAGAAAGCCUAGAAUCUACUGAAAAGCUGCUAGAGCCGUUCCCUCCAACACUGGAGCCUCUUCAGGAGGAGUCUCUCUCACCAGCCAGUAAGCCGGGUCUGACCCCUUCAUACCAAACUCCCCCGGACCAUUCAUCAGAACCGUUUAUAUCACAGCAGCACAGAAGGAGGGACACAAGAUGGACACAUGUGGAUCAGGACAAGUCCAAGGUGGCUGCUCCUAGACCUUUACCUCCACCUCCUGUUGAGAGCAUAGCCAUGGAGGGGAGGAAGAGGAGCAAGAGGAGUGCAGAGAGCAAGACAGCCAGUGUAGUGGCAACCUCCACGUCAGUUAGCUCCUGUAAGGAUGGGUUCUUACCACUGCCACAGGAACGUCCUCUGUCGGCCAGAGAGAGAAGACGACUGAGGCAGUCCCAGGAGAGUGCCAGCCAGCCAGGUGUGCAUAUUGUAAGAAGGGCGUCUUAUGAUGUCACUUCCACCAAGGACGAGCAUGACAGCGCUCAUGAUACCAGAUCUGUGCCAGACACUAUUACAGACACCAACAGUAAGCAGGAUAAGUUCUCAGGACGAAGGUCGGAUGAAGACGAGUGCAGCUCAUCCACAAGUUCUACAGAACGUUCAGAGGGAGACUGCAGGGAAAGGAAGACAGAGUCCAGUGACAUGCAGGAUUUAGUCCACAUGAUGACUCAAACUUUGAGAAUGGAUAUUGGAGACAGUCUGAAUGAGGCAGACAGAGGCAGAUUCGGCUCUACUGCAUUGCCAGAAUUUAGACUGAACAAGAGGUACAGAGACACCCUGGUGCUUCAUGGGAAGGCUCGAGAGGAGGCAGAGAACUUGUCACUCGGACAAAUACCAGCAGGCUUCUCGUCUGGUCCAGCCAAGAUAAGGAGAGCCAUAGAAAACCUGAGAACAGAUGUGGUGAAGGGACUGGGGGUCAAGCUGUUGGACAAAGUCCUGGAAAUCAUGGACGUGGAAGAUGACACCAAACGAGAACUGCGCCUUCGUGAUCAGAUGGGGGAUGAGAAAUACCAAACGUACGCUGUGAUGGUGAGGCAGCUGAAAUUCUUUGAGGAUAUUGCCGUCAAGGUUUAAAGAAAAUGCUGUAUAUAAGGGGCAUAGACAUUUGCAUUUCCAUGACACCACUUGAAAGAAGAAGCAUCCUGAAAAAUCUUUAACAGGAAACUUUGUGUUUUUGGAGAAGCGUUUCAGCUUUCAAAAAGAAACUUGUAUGAAGCAACAUUCGGUUAAUAUUGUUCAAGAAAAUAAUUAGUUUCAUGCCAAAACAUCCCACUGCUUGUGUGGUGUUGCCUCUUUCUUGCAUAUAUUAUUGUUGUUAGAGGGUUUUGUCAUGGAGUUGCCACAGUGCAGCUGCUCUUGUGCAAGCAAUCUUAUGUAAAUGACUGUGAAAAGUUGUUUUUUUUUUUUACCUCGUUCUUAAUAUAAAAUAUGUAAUUAGUCCUCUAGUUUUCAGGAUAUCUAUGCAAAUCUUUUGAGUCAUGACAAAGCACUCCUUGAAUUUCUACUUUUUGUAGUGGAAACUCAUUUAUAAUGUAAGUUAGAGUUUCAAUUAUUGUUUUACCUAUGCUGUAUCUGUAAGACACUAGAUAUUACUUCUGCUGCUGUAUUUUAUUUUCUUAAACACAUAAUAAUGUAAUGUAGAUACACUGUAGAUAUUAACAAUUGAAACUUUUCUAAUAAAUCCUAAAUGUAUAUUUUUUUUGUUUACAGUCAAUUUUCAUAAUGCUGAGAGCCACAAUCAAACAAACCCUUCAUUUACAGCAACAAAAAUAAAGAAAUGCACAAAACAAUUAGUGCAUCUUUGUACACAGUAACAUAAUCAAUACAUCCUGCAGCAAAACCCAUCUGAACAAAAACUGAACAGCCCAUUUAUAAAACAGCGUAUCAGAUGUUUAUUUCUUGGACACAAGUAUUUCAUUACUGACUGACAAACAAUGUAACCAUGUUUUCUUCCCAAAUGUGAACUGUAAGACAAAACAGAUUUUUUUUUUUUGAUAUAAAGGAUGUAUGUACAGUCA